UAAAUUGUCUCCUUGUUUGAAUGUUGACAUUUGACUACAAAGAUGCACUCUGUUUGGCUUGUUGAUUUGUUUGUGAGACUUAGUUGAUUUAGUGAUGAGACUUCAAAAGGUGCGGGUGUUGUCAGUGCAUGAUGGGAGGCGGAGGAGCUUUGGGGUGAGGUCGCUGGUGAUGGGGGUGGUUUGGAAAUGGGGGAGGCAGGGAGGGGAGAGAGGGAUGUAAUACAGAUGAAAUUGGAGCAGCUGCAGUACAUCUGUCUUGUACUGACACAUGUGGCAUUUGACUUCCAGUGUGAAGUUCAAAAGAGUUUUAUAAUGACGCAGCUGCUUAGGGAUGUGUGUGCAUGUGUGUGCAUGUGUGUGUUUUCUCCUUUGUUGAGGGUGGGGUGGAGGGUAGGCGGCUUGCCAAAGGGCUUUCAUAGGUGAGGACUGGAAUUUUGGGUUUUGAAAGUGACGUGUGGGCAGUACAGGUGCUGCAUGAUGUUGUGAAGUUUCUAACAGUUUAUGCUACUGACCUACCUAAUGUGUGAAUAAUUUGAUGGUACAGAUUUUACUCCUAAAAAUGGUUUGCCCUUACAAAAAUGACUAAAAUAAAACUAUUUUCAGCAUGUCUAGAUAUAGAAGAUUCAGUCUCUCAUUCUCUAAAAAUCUUAACAUGGAGAAAUAUGGGCGAUGUGUCCAUGAGGAGUUGCUCUGCAAUACAAUGACCUAUUAUUUCCCACAUGUUUUCGUAGUGAUAAGUAAUUUUUCUCUCCUUGUGCAUUGAAACACUUAGAAACAAAUCAAAAACAUCAUUACAGGUAAUUAGAGAGGGCCAUUAGCUUGUGCAAUAGCUAAACAUUAGCAGUGGGGGGAUGAUGGUGCACACUGGUCACCAUUUGUGCCUGAUGCCCUUUGCGCCGGCAGCAGCACCUGCCCAGCAGCGUGAGUGCAGGGUCAGGGGGUUGCCUGCCAGGAGGCCAGGGCUCAGGGGUCAGAGGUCAUGUUCCAGACAGGCGUAUACACAUGCUGAUUGAGAACUCAGCUGCAGGAACAGAGCUUGCAGGACGAUGCAUUUUACCCCCUAAUGCUAACUAUUCUUUCCUCUCUUUUUUUGUGCUCGUACUUGCUCUACAAAUUUGUGUUUAAUAUAGUCCUGUGACAUCACGGUGGUUUUUUGAGUAGAUUUCAAAUUACAAAUUAAGGAUGAAAGCAAGCAAGGGGCAAGUACAUUCAGUGCUAAAUCCCAGUUUGCUUUGAGCGAAUUCAGAGAACUUCAGCUGAAGAAAAUGAAAAAACGACAAAAAAACAGGGACUUUAUUUCUCAUUUACUUUGGACUACAGACAAAUUCUAUUUUUUGCAGGUGAAUUAAAAGCACAAUAUCUUGUGUUCUCUAAGGUCUGAAAAUAAAUCACAAAAGGUACACAAAAGUACAAAAUAUUAGAGAUCUAAUAUUUGAAAAUUAUGACAUCUAUCAGCAGUUUGGAAAGUAGCAAUGCAUAACUUAUAAAGUUAUGAUGAAUAAAGAUCUGAAAUGUGAAACUAGCGCUGUUUUUUAAGUAUACAGUUUUAUGGGAGGUCUUUUGUUUUCUGUUUUCAGCACAACUCAAGUAUUUCACGUGUGAGUCAGUGCAGCGCAGGUUUUUCUGCGGAUUGGAAUUAUCUGCUUUUCAUCACCUCCAGGCCUCAGGGGCCACUUAAUAUUUAUUUGUACAUAUUUUACUUAAGUUUUAUGAUAAAGAUUAUUUUCAUGCACAAAUGAUGUGGUUUGUGGCGAGGCUGGGGAAUGUUUCCUCACCCAACAUUAUGAUUAAGUUCAUCUUUCGUCUCCAUACUUUUUAUUUAUUUGGCUCGUGCAACUGUGUAUGUGUGUGUGUGCGUGUGCAUGCGUGCAUAUCUAACAUCAUUAUUUAAUUUUGCAGAGUCACUUUUAAUCUGUAUUUUACUAGUGGAAAUGCUUCAUAUGCACACAUAUAGCCCAUACAUAGAGAUGUGUUUGCACAUAGCAACAUGCAAACAUGCACACACACUUCAGUCAUUCAAUAAGACUGGUUUAGAUUAAACUGAUUUAAGGAAAUGAAUAAAGAAACACAGGACAUGCCAAUAAGAACGAUGCAAUUCAUCAGCUGAAACUAAAGCAUGAAAACCACAAAACUCAAGUAAUGAGAUUUACACGUAAGUUAGAUUUUAGGUACUGUAUUACUUCAUAAGUGGGAAAUACGGGGAAGAUUACGUAUUACUCACAUACAAUAUAUGGAUGCACUAUUGGAUCAAAACAUAUAGCGAACACACAAACACAAAACAUCCACAGGCCCACACAAAUGCGCCCAAUGAUGAUGAGGAUCAGUCUGGUUUUUGGAUUACUCUAAAAUGUGCAUGUUGCUUAUGUCAUAGCUCCAGGAUGGACUGACAGAUGUUGGAAAGGGAUACAUCCAGAGCUUCAGGCUGACAGAUAGCAGGGAGCAUUUUAGGCCAAUAUUAGGAUUGUUGUUGCAGGAAGAGGAGGAGGAGCAGAGGGGAAGUGUACGCACACACAUAUACUUCAUCCUGGUACUGUCCGUUAAAUCCUCUAAAGGCUCUAAAUAGUAACAGCAUUGUGUGAUGGGUGUUGCCUUUUAAUACUAUGCUUUAAAGCACCACACAGUAUCUCUGCCUCAGUCAACAAAUCUUGACCCACAAUGUGCAAUUAUCAUGACAUUUAUCUCUGUAGUUACGAUUUAAUUUCUGUAAAAACUAUAUUCAUUACAUUAUACAGCAAGUAGGCUAUUCUAGUAAUUCAGUUUAGGAGUGAAACUGGAUGAAGAUUUAUUUUCUCUCAUUAGACCGCAACUAUUUUUCUGUAAAUUCCCAAACACGUACAAGAACACAGAUGUAUGUGUUCAACAGACUCCGUCUUAACAACUAUCACAAUGCACAGAUAUCCAUCACAAUGUACUCACAUGUAAAAUGAUUCCUAGAUGGAAAAAGCUGUCAAUGGUGUUUAGUUAUGCAUCAACCGGAGCAGAACUGCUCUUUGGGAAACACUACAAAAGAAUAUUGGGAGAACCUAGACAUUUCUGCUAAUGUAAUAUAAAGUAGUUUUUUUUAACUAUUACAGUGCAACACAGACGGCUUUUCUCUGUUUACUUUUUUCCAUCUUUGAAAAACGUGAUUAUAAACUGUGGCACAAAGGUUUUUCAGUGAAAACAUAACUUUAAUCUUUGAUCAUUUUUACAUUUCAUCCUUAAUUGAAGUGUUUCAUGCUUUUGUAUUUGUUUGGAAAACCCUACAAGGUCUUGGGUUAAUACAAUAAUCACAGCAUUAGCUGAAUAAAUUAAUGCAUGGUUCGAUCUGGAACUGUCUUUUCUUAGUUCCUAGAAAGACAUUUGGAGAUGCAAGGUCAUCAGACGCUCGUGAAUUUUCCAUUUCAGUGAACAUCAAAACAGGACAAAGUUUACCCCCCCACACACACACACCAAGCACGUGGCAGUGUUAUUGCCAAAAUGCCAACUCAAUGCCAAAUAGAAACGAAUGGCCUUUUAGCCCUGGCCUGGGACCAGUUGUGUUGUUUCCACCAGAGUUUAAUUGAGGUUUGGGUGCAGCAGAUAAACUGAUCCUCAGUCAGUUAAAGCUCAGGAUGUCGAUCAGCUGGUCCAUGAGAACCGGAGGCGGCCCACGGUUGCCAUUCUCUCAGGCCUGCCCCAAAUUCACCAGCUGGGUGUGACUUCAUCACUGGAUUCACUGGUCCAAUAUGCAUGUGCGUGUGUGUGUGUGUGUGUAUGUGUGCGUGCGCACGCACGUGUGUGUGUACAGUUUCCAGUAGUGGUGUGUUCACUCAGGGAAAUUCAGUCAUAUGUGAAACUCAGGGAUGAAGACGGGAUCAACGUACAACACUCAGGAACAGUGACGAGCUGUCUGCUUUACUCCACAGCACAGCAGACAAAGUCAGAAGAAGAUAAAUGUACCAGCAUCUUGAGGGAGUGACACCCCGUCUCACCCAAACAAAUGGCAUCCCGGGAGAGCCAUCUGACAGGCACACUCCUGACCUCAAUCCUGGCUGCGGUGCUCGGCUCCCUGCAGAUUGGCUACCACACCGGCAAUGUCAACGCUCCAGCCAAGAUCAUCGAAGAGUUUUUCAACCACACCUGGAGGGCCAGGCACAACCAGUCGAUGCCAGAUCACAGCCUGACUCUACUGUGGUCAGUCUCUGUCAGCAUUAAAGACUUUGGAGCCUUGCUGGGCUCGCUGGGAGUCAAAUACCUGGCAGAUUCUUACGGAAGACGUAACUCCAUCCUCAUAGUGAACGGUCUCUCUGUGGUGGGAGCGUGUCUGAUGUUCGCCUCCAAAGCCAGCAAGUCAUUUGAGGUCCUCAUCCUGGGGCGGUUGGUGUUUGGUCUCUUCUGCGGCCUGGUGAUGAGUCUUAAUCCGCUCUACAUCCAGGAAGUGUCCCCCACAAACCUAAGAGGGGCCUUCGCUACACUCAACCAGGUGUCCUUCGCCUCAGGCAUCCUGGUGGGAAUGGUGGCUGGUCUGGAGACAGUGUUGGGUACAGAGCAUUACUGGGCCAUGAUGCUGUCCCUGUCUCUCAUCCCGGCCCUGACACAGUACCUGGUCCUGCCUUUCUGCCCUGAGAGCCCUCGCUACCUGCUCAUCAACCAGGGAGAGGAGAGCAAGGCAGAGGCUGCCCUGCUGAGGCUGAGAGGCAGCGCAGACAAGGUGUUUCCUGAGCUGGAAGAGAUGAAGGAAGAGGCCGGCCACACUCAGGCCGGUGUCACCAUCCACGAGUUCUUCAAGAAGCGACGCUACAAGCAGCCAAUCAUUAUCGUCCUCAUCAUCAACUUGGGCAGCCAGUUGUCUGGAUUCAAUGCGAUCAUCAAUUAUUCCACCCAAAUGUUCCAGGCCAAGUUUGACCAGGCCAAAUACCUGACUCUGGGUGUGGGGGCUGUCAAUGUGACCUUCACUUUGGUGGCAUUCUUCCUGAUGGAAAGGGCAGGAAGGAGGAGAUUGCUCCUGACUGGUUUCAUCUCCAUAGCAGUGUGCAACUUACUCAUCACCAUAGUCGACUCUGUCCUGCACCUGGUCCCAGAGCUGCGGAGCCUGCAGGUCCUGCUGGUUUUCUGCCUGAUCUCAGCCUACGAGCUGGGCCCUGGCCCCAUCUCCUGGUUCAUCGCUGCAGAGCUGUUCGACCAGCCUGGCAGACCCAUCGCCAUGGCCUUCACCAGCAUGCUCAACUGGGGAGGGAAGUUUGUUCUGGCACUCCUCUUUCCUCCAUUACUGAAAAUCUGCGGUGCGUACGUCUACCUCCUCUUCAUGACUGUGGCUCUGUUCGCCUUCACCUUCACCUGGAUUCGCCUCCCAGAGACAAAAGGUCGCACAUUCGAUGACAUUGCAGAGGAGUUCAGAGGAGCUGAGGGCAUUCCUCUGCAUAAUAAGACUGGAUUCAACACUUUCCAACCUCUCAACCCUUACUGAAUCUGGUCAUGGUCAUACUGUUAAAGGGUCGGUUCACUCAAUUUACCUAUGUUUUACCAAAUAGUAGUAAUAUGUAACCAAAUAGUUUUGUUUUUAUUUGCUUAAGUUUUGAACUUGAAUUUUACGUUUGUGCUGCAUUGAAAAAAAUGACCCAGCAAUGGUUCUUUUAAUAAACAAACAAUGCCCUGGUUACUCAGAAUAAUCCACAAAUCUCACUGGCAACAGUUUUCGUUAAGAAGGAUCUACCUAAACCAAAGAAAUCUGGGAGUUAUUCUGAGUAACCACAAUAUUAUUUCUGGAAAGACUUAAUAUGAAUGAAAAUCCAUUAACUUGGGUGAAUUGACCCUUUAACCUUCCAAAUGUUCAUG